AUGGAUUCAGGACCUACGGAGCUGACGUUCCAGCCCAAGCUGUUCACGAACGCGACGCUGAAGAAGACGGUGGCCGUGUCUGAGCUGUUCAAGCAGCUGAAGCGGCUGUCGAAGGAGCUGAACGCGCUGGAGCAGGAGACAGUAGACACGCAGUCGCUGGAGGCAGUGACGAAGCAGAUGCUGGCAGCGUCGCUGUUGAAGCACAAGGAGGCCGGGGUGAUCUCGUAUGUAGCGUGCUGUGUGGCAGAUCUGCUGCGGCUGUACGCGCCCGAGGCACCGUACAGUGACAGCGAGAUCAAGACAAUCUUCAACAUGUUUAUCGACCAGCUGCAGCUGCUGGGUGACACGAACAGCCAGUUUUUCCCGCUGCGCGAGUACCUGCUGACGAGCCUGGCGACGGUGCGCACGCCAGCGCUGGUAGCGACGCUGGGGGACGCGGACGAGCUGAUUACGCGGUUCUUCACGGUGUUGUUUGGAGCUGUGUCGGGGGACAUGGCGCACAAUAUGCAGAUGCAGAUUCUUGAUGUCUUGCAGCAGCUGCUGGAGGAGCCAAAGUACGUGGCGCAGGGAGUGAUAGACGUGAUCUUGCUGCAAUUCACCAAGAAGCGACAGCAGGACAACCGCGCCGCCCACCAGCUGGCGUGCGAUCUGGCGAACGGCACGGCAGAUGUGCUGCAAAAGUACAUAUACCAGUACUUCAACGACAUCAUUGGCGCACGUGGGGACCGGGCGGUAGCGCGCAGUACGAUGAGCGACCUACGGUCGGCACACUUUCUGAUCCUGGAGCUGAACAAGUCUGCACCAGGGACACUGCUGAAUGUGAUUCCGCAGCUGGAGGAGGAGCUGGGAGUGGACGACGUGGAUAUCCGGGUGCUAGGGACGGAGGUGCUAGGGGAGAUGUUUGCAGACAAGGGCUUCACGCUGGCCAAGCGGUACGAGUCGACGUGGCGGGCGUGGAAGGGGCGGCGGGCAGACAGCUCGGCAUUGGUGCGGAUCCAGUGGGUGGAGCAUGCAGUGGGGCUGUACGGCAGCCAGCCGCAGCUGGGGCGCGAGCUGAACGAGGCGAUUGUCGAAAAGCUGCGUGACGUCGACGACAAGGUGCGGCAGGCAGCGUGCCAUGCGCUGGGGCAGCUGGAGUAUUCGGCGGCGGAGCAGGCGGCGAUUGGCAGCGCAGUGGUGGAUGCGCUGGGCGAGCGGUGCAAGGACCGCAAGCAUGUGGUGCGUGGUGAGGCGAUCAUUGCGCUGGCGACGAUGUAUAGCCAGGUGUAUGACUCGCUGGCGCGCGGCGACCAGGCAGCACGGGUGAAGUUUGGCGGGAUCCCGUCGGUGAUCUUCCAGCUGCGGUACAUCAACGAUCCGGAUAUUGACUCGAUGGUUGACGGGAUCCUGGCUGGCGCAAUUCUGAACUUUGCCAAGAUCAAGGACGACCGGGCGCGGUGCCAGCGGCUGGUGUUUGUGGCCGACGGGCUCACAGCCAAGGCGCUCAAUGGGCUGCUCAGCUACAUGCGGCGGCAGCGCGACAUCAUCCGGUUGACAGAGGUGUUCUUGGGGCUGUGCGAGCGGCAGUCGGAGGCCACAACGGCGGAGGCGCAGAGUGUGCUAGGCGAGCAGCUGCGCGUGGUGGCAGGGAAAAUGGCAGGGCACUUCCCGGACCGCGCCAAGCUGGAGCAGGCGCUGGUGCAGCUGGGCGGGCUGCAGAACAGCGAGGUGUAUACUGGGCUGCGGGCAACAAUGGAUCCUAGCAAUGACAUCAAGACAGUGCGGCGGUACCAGAAGAGCGCGCUGAAGACGUUGUCGGGGCUGGCACCGGCGCUGCUGGACGCAACAGCGACGGUCUGGAAGUGUGUCGGACUGACAACGAUAAACCGCGCACUGGUGCCGCACCUGAUCACGUUCGCAUCGGGCGGGGCCCACACGCCGCUCAGCAGUACCGCAGACAAGCUGCUGCGGUUUGUCGCCGAUGUGUUCCCGGAGAUGCUGCAGUGCAGCUCAGCCGACCUGUUCGACGCAAAUGAGCUGCAGGGCGACCAGGUGCUGGUCGAGGAGCGACUCGCGCUGAUGGUCAAGUUUGCCAAGGCACUACCGCGCGCAGUGCCGGCAGGCGAGCGGCAGCAGGAGCAGCUGGCAGGGCUGGUGCGCACGGGGUCGCUAAGGCAGGCCAAGUAUGCAGCGUUCCUGCUGACGCAGAUGGAGGGCAGCGCGGCACUAUGCAGUGUGCUGGUCGGCGACAUGGUUGACAACCUCGACAAUACGCUGCUGGAGCGCCGCUCACCGGCAUUUGCAGCGCUGUCGCGGUUCGCGCAGUAUGCACCGCUGGCAUUCGCCGGAUACGCCGACCGCGUCAGCCAAUAUCUGGUCCAGACGGUUCUGAUGGGCUCAGCUGGAGCCGAACCGCAGGAUGAGGACGCCAGCAUGGCCGACGGCAAGGAGAAUGUUGCGCCUGCAUGGGUGGCUCGCGAGGACCUGGACGAGGUGGGGCUGGCCAAGGUGUAUGCGGUCAAGAUCCUGGCCAACUGGCUGGUGGGCACCGACAAACACGCACUGACGCGCGAUUCCGUGCAGCUGGUGCUGGGCAUGCUGCGGCAGCUGGUGCGCAAUGCCGGCGAAAUCCAAGCCGACGGACAUACACCGGCGCUAUACCGGCAGCACGUGCGGCUGGCAGCGGCCACAUGCAUGGUGAAGCUGGCGCGGCAGCCGCACUUUGAGCGGCUGUUGAGUACGCAGGACGCCGUGAGCCUGGCACUGGUCGCGCAGGACCCGUGCUACGAGGUGCGCGCGCGCUUCCUGCUCAGUAAGCUGGCGCCGCGGCUGGUGGCCGGGCAGGUACAUGUGCGACACGUGCCAGCGCUCUUCCUGGUCGCCCAUGACCCGGAGCGCUCCAUGCGCGACAACGCCCGCCAUGUGGUCACCCAGCGCCUGGCGGGCGUGCGCCCGGCGCCCGGCGCCCCAUCGGUGGCAGAGGAGAGUCUGCCGCGGCUGCUGCACGUGCUGGCCAUGCAUCCGGACUGGGACGAUGCGCAGCCCGUGGCCACACUGGAGCUGUUCGCUCCCUACAUCGAGUUCUUCAUUUCGGCCAUCGGCGCCUCGCACAACGUCUCGCUGCUGUUUGCCCUGGCCGGAGCCCUCAAGACCCACCGGAGCCGCCCUGCAAGCGAUGCAGUGACGCAGCGCCUGUACGUGCUUGGCGAGCUGGCUCAGUACCUGCUGCGCGAAAAAAGCAUUGCUGCCAGUUGGCCCGUCAAUGUCUAUCCAGGCCAGCUCAAGCUGCCAGCCGAUAUCUUCGAGCCGCUGCCGGCCGAUGCCCUGGCUGGCGUCCCGGUGGGCCCGCUGCUGGACCCCGAGUUCAUUAAGCGUCGCAGCAAGGCCACGGGGAAACGCAGCCGCCCGGCCCGCGACAAGCCAGCGACCGUCCAGCACGACGCCAAGGCGCCACAGCGCAAGCGCAACAAGACCGCCAGCAGCGACGCCGAGAUGGAUUCUGAUGCCAGCGAGGUGGAGGACAGCGAUCUGGAGUAG